UUGUGUUUUGCUUUGCUCUUGAGAACGAAUUUCAUUGGUGAAUAAAUUGAUAAUCAGCCCGAAUUAGCCAAUUAGCAGCUUCUUUUUCAAAUCAAUUAUCCAUGUAGCGGCGAAGCGGCGAGAGGAAGAGGAAGAUAAGAGAAAACAAUGAGGAAAGGGACUUGGAACUUGGGAGUUCAGAAUUCACAUGAGACUUGGACUAUCGCCGAAAAAGCUGUAAUAUUCUGUAUUAUCGAGGCGUUUCACGGAUCUAUCACGAAAAUGAUAAUUCGAAGAUACGGUACUAUCAAUUUGCUGAAAUUCAGAAAAUACUCCAAUGUUGCUACAGCGGAGACCACUUGGCCGGAAAGAAUUUUGUCCGGUAUUCAACCCACCGGUGUUCUUCACAUAGGAAAUUAUUUUGGAGCUGUGAAAAAUUGGGUUGAAUUGCAGAAUAAGAAUUCCAAUGUAUUGUGUAGUAUUGUAGAUCUACAUGCGUUAACUCUUCCUUAUGCAAUUGAAAAACUGCCAAACAAUAUUUUACUAAUGACAGCUAGCUUACUGGCUUGCGGUAUUGAUCCGAACAAAAGUAUUUUGUUUUUGCAGUCACAAGUUCCUGAACAUACCCAACUGUGUUGGGUUCUCGGUUGUUUAACAACGUUACCCAAAUUGGCCCAACUUCCGCAGUAUAGAGAAAAAUCGGAAAAAUUGAAAGAAAUUCCUUUGGGGUUAUAUUUAUAUCCAGUUUUACAAGCGGCGGAUAUUUUACUUUAUAAAGCCACCAAGGUGCCUGUCGGUGAAGACCAAUUACAACAUCUGCAGUUGUCAGGUUACCUUGCUCGAAAAUUUAAUAGAAAAUUCGGCGAAACUUUUCCUGUACCAAAACCAUUGAUUUAUGCAAACGCUGGUGCCAGAAUUAAAAAUUUAAGAGAACCGCUUAAAAAAAUGUCAAAAUCGCACAUCAACGAGAAAAGUCGCAUAGAAAUUACUGAUCCACCGGAUUUGAUUGUGGAAAAAAUGAAGAAAGCAGUCACUGAUAGUACAUCACGAGUUACCUAUGAUCCAGAGAAUAGGCCCGGAGUGUCUAAUCUUAUUGAUAUUCAUUCGUUGUUGACUGGAACAAACCCGAAUAGAAUUUGCGAAGAUGUUGAAAAUUUGAAUACUGGAGAGUAUAAGUUAAUCGUUGCUGAAGCUUUGGUUGAAAUGCUUAAGCCAAUUCAAAGUGAAAUUAUUUCCUUAUUGAAUGAUAAACCAUAUCUAACAUCUCUUUUAAGUGAUGGAGCGCAGAAAGCUUGCAGUAUUGCUACUGAUACCUGGAAAUUAGUCAGCAAACAAAUUGGGGCUUCCGCCUCAUAGAAUAAAUUGUGUUUUGAAACGAAUAAAUCUUAAUUUUUUGAUUUUUUA